CGUAAUGACAUUCACACACACAAGAGAGAGAGAGAGAGAGUUGUACCAACCAACCCCACCAUCACUUCAUCAACGUUGCGUAACCGUAAGCUCCAUUUCCCUACACUCCUUACUUCACAUGCAAAAUCAUCAUCUUCUUCCAAUGCUCUUUCUUAUAUACUCUUCUUCCAUGUGAUUCCCCUGACACACUUCAACCCCACUUCAACUUUUCUCCUUCUAACUCCCCCUCCUCCCAUGGUUUCUCUCCAUCGUCAACCAUGCCCAACACCUUCUCCUCUCUCUUCUGGUGGAUUGGUAAAAAGUUGCGAGGAAGGAACACGGUUAGUAAUGGAGAGAGUGGGAACAACGACAACGUUGUCGCUGCCGUUGUCGUGGAUGAUAAUCCGUUUGGCAGCACGGUAGAGUGUUACGCUUGCACGCAGGUUGGCGUGCCGGCGUUUCACUCAACCAGCUGCGACAGUUUUAACCAGCCGGAAUGGGAGGCUUCGGCCGGGUCUUCCCUCGUUCCGAUUCAGAAUCGGCCCAAUAAGGUUCUCGGGUUUCGGGCCACGUCCGGUUCGAAUAUUGGACCGUUUGGGCGGGUUUUGGAUCCACGGAGCAAGCGCGUCCAAAAGUGGAAUCGUGCGCUGCUGCUGGCGCGUGGUGUGGCGUUGGCGAUUGACCCGCUGUUCUUCUACUCGCUUUCGAUCGGGAGGGAGGGGUCGCCGUGCCUGUACAUGGACGGAGGGCUGGCGGCGAUGGUGACGGUGGCGCGGACUUGCGUGGACGCGGUGCACCUCUUGCACGUGUGGCUGCAAUUCAGGCUGGCGUACGUAUCGCGCGAGUCGCUGGUAGUUGGGUGCGGGAAACUAGUGUGGGACGCGCGUGAGAUUGCGUCGCAUUACCUGCGAUCGUUGAAGGGGUUCUGGUUCGACGCAUUCGUGAUCCUCCCAGUUCCCCAGGCUGUGUUUUGGUUGAUAGUGCCAAAAUUGAUAAGAGAAGAGCGAAUUAAAAUCAUUAUGACCAUAAUGCUAUUGAUUUUUUUGUUCCAAUUUCUCCCCAAAGUUUACCACAGCAUCUGCAUGAUGAGAAGAAUGCAAAAAGUCACGGGCUACAUCUUUGGUACCAUUUGGUGGGGCUUUGGUCUCAAUCUCAUAGCUUAUUUUAUUGCUUCCCAUGUUGCUGGAGGGUGCUGGUAUGUCCUUGCAAUUCAACGAGUUGCGUCGUGCCUUCGUCAGCAGUGUCAGAGAACUAAUGGAUGCAACCUUUCUGUGUCGUGCUCAGAGGAGAUAUGCUACCAGUCUUUGUCAGGCGCAAUAGGAGAUUCUUGUGGUGGAAACUCAACAGUAGUGUUAAAAAAGCCUUAUUGCUUAGACGUUGAAGGACCUUUCAAAUAUGGGAUCUACCAAUGGGCACUUCCAGUCAUAUCAAGCAACUCUUUGGCUGUAAAGAUUCUUUAUCCCAUUUUUUGGGGUUUGAUGACCCUCAGCACUUUCGGAAAUGAUCUUGAACCCACAAGCAACUGGCUGGAAGUAAUUUUCAGCAUAUGCAUCGUACUCAGUGGACUAUUGCUUUUCACAUUAUUGAUUGGUAACAUUCAGGUAUUCUUACAUGCUGUCAUGGCAAAGAAGAGAAAGAUGCAGCUUAGAUGUCGAGAUAUGGAAUGGUGGAUGAGGAGGAGGCAGCUGCCAUCACGAUUAAGACAAAGAGUUCGCCAUUUUGAACGUCAGAGAUGGGCUGCGAUGGGAGGAGAAGAUGAGAUGGAAAUGAUCAAAGACUUGCCUGAGGGGCUGAGGAGGGACAUCAAGCGCCAUCUUUGCCUCGACCUCAUUAGAAAGGUUCCUUUGUUCCACAACUUGGAUGAACUUAUUCUUGACAACAUCUGUGAUAGGGUGAGGCCCUUAGUGUUCUCUAAAGAUGAAAAGAUAAUAAGAGAAGGUGAUCCUGUACCAAGGAUGGUGUUCAUUGUCCGAGGACGCAUGAAACGCAGCCAAAGUCUGAGCAAAGGCAUGGUAGCCUCAAGCAUUCUUGAGCCAGGAGGGUUUUUGGGUGACGAGCUACUUUCAUGGUGCCUUCGCCGGCCGUUUAUAGAUAGACUUCCGGCCUCCUCAGCCACAUUUGUGUGUCUUGAAUCAGUAGAAGCCUUUGGCCUUGAUGCAGAGCACUUGAGAUACAUCACUGAUCACUUCAGGUACAAGUUUGCCAACGAGAGGCUGAAGAGAACAGCAAGAUAUUACUCAUCCAAUUGGAGAACCUGGGCUGCUGUCAACAUUCAAUUUGCUUGGAGACGUUACAGGCAGAGGACUAGAGGUCCGGUGACGCCUGUAAGGGAGAGUGGAGGCACUGAGCGCAGGCUCUUGCAAUAUGCUGCAAUGUUCAUGUCAAUAAGGCCACAUGACCAUCUUGAAUAAAGGCUGCUGUCCAUGUUCUUCAAAUUGUUGUUGCUUCCUGAUCCUCAAUAAAACUGUCUCAGGUCCAUUAAACCUUAUGAUUUUUGAAGUUGUGGAAGCCAUGGAAUCAUUCAUGAAAUGUAUACUAGAAAGCAAGAAAGUGUGAGUAAUUGCAAAAUCAUUUAUUCCCUGUUUGUUCAUUUUAUUGUAAGUUUGACAGUGAUUUUUUUCAUGGGAUUUGCAUCUUGAGCAAUCUCCUGUCGAGGCUUCUAGUGUUUAAUAUAAUAACUGAUUGAGAAGAA